AUGAUAUCGGAACAAACUUCAACUGAAAAUUUUUCAAAUAAUAAUUUAAAUUCGAAACCAUUCGAUGAUAAAUUCGAUUUACAACUUUUUAAUUAUAAUCGAUAUUCAUCUUCAUUUGCUGAAAUAACAUUAAUUAAUAAUAAUUUUCAAGUGAUUACAAGUAUUAUUCUUUGUAUUUUGGGUUUAUUUACUGCUAUAUUAUAUAUAGGAAUUUUAUUUCAACGAUGUUUUCAAACAAAAUCUUGUUCACGUCAUACUAUUAUACGAUUUUUAUUUGAUUGUUGUCAUUUAAUUAAUAUACUUUUAACUCAUAUUAUUAUUGUUAUUGUUUAUACUGCGCAAACAACAAAUUUUCAUCUACAUUGUCCACUUUCAACAUUUCUAUUUUCAUUAGCAUCAUUUGGCUCAAUUAGUUUUCUUUGUUUAGGAGCGUUUAAUCGAUAUAAGUGUUUAUUUAAAAAACAAUCACAAUAUCGUUAUAUUCGUCAUCGUUUAUUAGCUCAUCGAAUUAUUUUAAUAACUUCAUUGAGUUGGUUGAUUAUUAAUUUUCCAAAACUUGAUUUACAUGAAAAUUUUUAA